AUGGCGCAUCGUAAAUUGCAGCAAGAGAUUGAUAGGGUGUUCAAAAAGAUCAACGAGGGUUUGGAGAUUUUUGACACAUAUUAUGAAAGGCAUGAGAACUGUACGAAUAAUCCAUCUCAGAAGGAUAAACUGGAGUCCGAUCUGAAAAGAGAGGUAAAAAAGUUGCAAAGACUGAGGGAGCAAAUCAAAUCAUGGCAAAGUUCACCUGAUAUCAAGGAUAAGGAUUCUCUGCUGGAUUUUAGGAGAUCCGUUGAAAUAGCGAUGGAGAAAUACAAAGCUGUGGAAAAAGCAUCAAAAGAAAAAGCAUACUCCAACAUAAGUCUAAAAAAAUCGGAUAAUAUGGAUCCGCAGGAAAAGGAAAGAAGAGAUGUCUCGGAGUACCUAUCAAAUACCAUUGAUGAACUAGAGCGACAAUACGAGGGCCUACAAGUCGAAAUUGACAAGCUGAUAAUUCUGAACAAGAAAAAGAAAACAGCCUCACAAGCUAAUGAAGAAAAAAAGGAUCAAUUGAAAAAUCUACAAAUGAGAUACAGGUGGCAUCAACAACAGAUGGAGCUAGCAUUAAGACUUUUGGCCAAUGAGGAGCUGAAUCCUGAUCAUGUUAAGGAAAUUCAAGAGGAUAUAAACUACUAUGUAGAAUCAAAUCAGGAACCUGAUUUUGUGGAGGAUGAAACCAUUUAUGAUACACUGGAUUUACAAUCAAAUGAAGCAAUAGCGCAUGAGGUAGCCCAGUAUUUUGCAUCCCAACAAGCUGAAGAUAACAACGGUGAUGAUGACUCCGCCUCAAAAGAUGCCUCUAAAACUUCCAAGAAAGAACUGAGGAGAUUGGAAAGGGAAGCAAAAAAGGCUGCAAAAGCCGCUUCAAAAGGAUCCGAAUCAGACUCCUUUGUAAUACCAAAUUCUUAUAGCGCGUCAAUAAGCGCCAAAGAGCCCGAGACCCUAGAACUUUUGCAAAGUCAAUCUCCUUCUCCUUCGCCUGGACCGCAGACUGCAGACUCGUCAAAAACAGGUUCUACCCCAAGUACUGUGCCAAACACUGCAAAAAGUCCGAAUGGUUCUAGUUUGACAUCAUUAAAGCAUGGGUUAUCAGCGACAUCCCACUCCACAACAAACGAGCUGCUCGCAGGACAUACACAUAUACAUCAAACUUUGAAUGGCAUAACGACUACAAGUACGUUAAAGCCUGCUACAGUACCUGCAAGACCAGCUGGUGAAAUAAAAUGGGCAGUAGCUGCAUCUCAAGGGAUUGAGAAGGACAAGAAAAUGAUAAAUGCAAGUUCAAAUACCAAUACAUCAGCUCCGGCAACUUCUGGUACCAACAGUGCAGCAGGCUUAUCCAAUGUCAGCACUAGAUCUAAUAGUGCAACGAAUACACCUCGCUUAUCUACUCCUUCCCUGGAAACAACGUCUUUGGCAGAGCAUUUGGAGAAAUCCAGUGGGCUCACCAAUCCUAACGCAUCUACGUCCUUGACAGCUGCUGCAGUAUUGGCGGCAGGAGCAGCUGCUGUCAAUAUGAACAAUAAAGCAAUCCAUAAGAAUGCGUCUCCAUACCGUCCACCGGAAACACUACACAAUCGAGACGAACACUAUUCUUUGAAUACCACGCCUAGUUUACAGAAGAGGGUAGAAGAUGAACCUGAACUCAUAGAUGAUUAUGAAUCAGAAUGGACGGAUGAUGAGCUUGAAGAAGAGCCUGUACCAGAGCAACUGACAGAGCUAGAAAGUGAAACACGUAAAUUAGCAACAGAACAAUUCAGAAAAGAGUCCAUUAAAGAUUAUGAAAUGUUACUCUUGCCGGGUGGUAUUCAAGAAUUCAUAAUGGGUGUUGAGCUAUUCAACAGAGGGUUGGAACCCCUGGAUGGUAAAUUAGGUGGGUACAGAAGAUCACAUGAUGCCUGUACGAUACCUAGAUUUGGUGGUGUACCAUUGGGUGUAAACCCUCCUGCACCAUUGGAUGCCUUCAGAUCAACCCAACAAUGGGAUGUAACGCGCUGUUCUUUGCGAUCAGUCGUAAGAAGUUCUGAUCUGACUGAGGCAGAAAAAUACCAAGCAAUACUCGAAAGAUUCAGAUCAUUAGAAAUGUUCACCUUAUUUUACAAUUAUUAUUUUGCAGUCACUCCCUUAGAGCAACACAUUGCAUCUAUAAUUUUGGCGGAAAGACAUUGGAAAGUAUCAAAAACUAGCACACUUUGGUUUUUAAGGCAAGGGGAUGCUAAGUUUACCAAUGGAAUUUGUGAAGUGGCAGAUUACAAAGUAUUUAAAUUAGACGAUUGGACAGUAGCUGACAAGCUCAAUUUUAAACUGGACUACGCAUUCUUGAAGGAACCCCCAGUCAUACCCACUGUUGAAAAAGAAUCAAUGGUGGAAACUGAUGGCUCGGAUGUAUUGAGCCAUGGACAGCAACUUCUUCAGCAGCUUAAACAAGGUAAAGUAGGCACAUCAGCUUAG